AUGGCAAACACCACCACCACCACAUCAUAUCAUUUAACUCCUCCUCCAACACGAAAUAAUGAAUUAAGCGCAGCAUCUAAUAGUAAUAAUAGUCCAAUAUCACAAAGAAGUCCACCUUCGCCUCGUACUCAAUCAAAAUCUAUAUUAACUAUUGCUCUACAAAAGGCUCAAUCUGCUGUAGAGUUUGAUGCUGCAAAUGAUUUCACUGCCGCAUUAGAGGCUUAUAGAGAGACAGUUGAACUUCUUUCACAGGUUGUAGAUAAAGCUGUAAAUGACGUUGAACGGCGAAGGUUGCAAUUAAUUCACAGUACAUAUGUUGAUCGAAUACGAUUACUAUCCGCGAUAUCACCGGAUUCAUCUAUGGAUGGUACUGAUGGCAUUGAGUCAGAUCAAACCUCAACUGAAAAUAACAAUGACGGAAAUAAACAAAAUGAAAAUUCUACAGAUUUAAUCACUUCAAUUUCAUUAUCACCAAUAACUGUAUCAAAUAACGCCGGACCUACACGUGUUUUCAUACCACCACCACCACCAAAUAUCGCACCUCCAACUACUUCAUCUGGUUUGGGUGAAAAAGAUGAAUCUAAUAUUAGUAAAAGUACAUCAAGAAGUAAAUCUGUAAAUAAUUGUAAUAGAACGAUCUAUAUCGCAACAAAUAACCUUGCUUUACCGAUAGGAAGCUCCAUUAGACAAUAG